CUUUCAACCUAUCCGCUAGUACCGUAUGCAAAACUAUGAGGACAUAUUUGUAUCGUUGUACCUAAUACUAACCGAUCUGCCUUAGUUUAUAUAAUGCUCACCAAUCUUCUCUUAGCUGUUCUCGUUGCCGGAAACGUUGUUGCCUCUCCUAUCUGGUUCCACCAAGAAAAAAAGUGUUUCACUUACAAACAAUGUACUCCAGAUUUAUCCACCGCUUAUUACACCUCUACGUCGAAGGAGUGGUACAACAACAACAGAGAUUGUAGAACCCACUACACCACAAGACCAACCUGUUCCCCUAUUUCAAGAUGUACCACCAAGACCACUGCCACUUCUUGUACCACGAUGGAGCCAAACUGCUGUUUCUGCAUGAAGCCUUGUACUUAUACUACCACCAAGGUUGUAUACCACAACUACUGGCAUUGGGGGAAGUGUGACACUUACAUGCUCACCGGUACCAGCUACACUGUGGGUAAGUGUUGUACCACCGACGUCCCACCACCUACCGGGACCUGUACUACCGUUACCAGUUUGGUCACUUACAGCACCAGCUCUAAGGAACGGUGCUUUUCGCUUGAGCGGUAUUGUUGCCUCUUUGCCUCUGCCUUUCCAAAGGUGCUCUGUUCCGCAAUCUACGUCUGGUCUUACUUUGCCUUGCUCGGUAUAAGCGAGGCGGCGCUGGCGGUGCCGAAAUGGCUGCUCCGGAUUGCCUCCACGCUACUUUUAGCGCUCGGGCUCGGUACAUACUACCUUGUCGUGAUCCACGGCCCGGGAUCGCCGCUUGAUUUUCCCGAAAUGCGCAUGGCCUCCGUUGACGGCGACAUACCGGGCCCGCCUGCUGGACUUGUGGCGAAUUCUCACACCGUGAAGCUCUCUGGGGGCUUCCGCUACUGCACAAAGUGUUCGGUUUGGAAACCAGACCGCACACACCACUGCUCAGCCUGUCGUCGCUGCAUCUUGCGGAUGGACCACCACUGUCCAUGGUUCGCCGUGUGUAUUGGCCACAACAACUACCGCUACUUUGUGCAGUUUUUGGGCUACACCGUAGUUUACGCGUUUGUCGCGUUCAGUGCUUCGGCUAAGUUCGUCUAUGACUUUAUUUUCACCGAAACGGCAGACGGCGGCCGUGGUUACGAGUCGGAGUUUAUCAACUUGAACUGGGUGUUUUUAUUCGUUGUCUCCAUGGCCAUGGCCGUGGCACUUAGUGUCUUUACGGGCCUCACGAUCUAUCAGGUAUUGUGCAAUACCACCACUAUCGAGUCGUAUGAAUUUAACAAUGUCCGCGCGCGUGACAGAUCUAUCAAUCCCGGGAAGUUGAACAUAUUUGACCUCGGCUGGAGGGCUAACUGGCGCACCACCAUGGGCGAGGGCUGGAUGCAGUGGAUGUUUCCGCUUCUGAACCCGGAAACUUUCGUUUUGGAUGACGAUUACGACCUUGGCUACUUGCACAGCGGGCUUGUGUUUCGUGUCAACCGCCUGACAAUGGUGGAGUUGGAGCGCAACGUCGCGUUGCAGCGCGAGUUGGACAUCCGGUUGCGUGCCUGGGGCGACCAACGCAAGGCCCAGGAGGCCCAGGCUCUCGAAAGCGAGUACGGUAGGGCGUGA